AUGCUGCACUUCCGCACCGAAGGCUUCAACGGCUGCGCAGUCAAAUACUCUCCCUUCUUCGACAACCGGCUCGCGGUCGCCGCCUCGGCCAACUACGGCCUAGUGGGCAAUGGACGACUGUUCAUUCUCGAAUUGACACCCCAUGGCAUAGUCCCCACCAAACACUUCACCACCCAAGACUCCCUCUACGACCUCGCGUGGUCCGAGAUCCACGAGCACCAAGUCCUGACCGCCAGCGGCGACGGGAGCAUCAAGCUGUUCGACACGAGCCUGACGGAUUUCCCGGUGCAGCAGUGGAAGGAGCACAAGCGCGAGGUGUUCAGCGUGCACUGGAACCUGGUGGCCAAGGACCGGUUCAGCUCGAGCAGCUGGGACGGCACGGUGCGGGUGUGGUCGCCGCACCGGCCGCACUCGCUGCUGACCCUGCCCACGCACAGCUGCACCUACGCCGCCAGCUUCGCCCCGCACUCGCCCGACCUGCUCGCCUGCGUCACCUCGGACUCGUACCUGCGGCUCUACGACCUGCGCACCCCGGCCUCCGCCUCCAACCACCUCACCUUACAGAUUCCGAUCCACGCCGGGGGCGCCGGGGCGGGAGCAGGGGCAGGUCCGAAUCUCGUCGCGCCGCAACCGGGGGCGCCGCCGCCCACCGUCAUGAUGGCGCCCGGCGGUGGUGGUGGUGGUGGUGGCUCCGCCGCUCCCGCCGAGGCCCUCACCAUGGAUUGGAACAAGUAUCGCCCCUCGACGCUGGCGACCGCCGGCGUCGAUCGCACCAUCCGGACCUUCGAUAUCCGCGCCCCGCACCAGGGCCCGCAGGCCGUCAUGCUGGGCCACAACUACGCCGUCCGCAAGGUCGCCUGGUCGCCGCAUCUGUCCAACGUCCUGCUCAGCGCCAGCUAUGAUAUGACCUGCCGCGCCUGGUCGGAUCAGUCCCCCGCCGGCGUCGUCGGCGAUGUCGACAUGAUGCGGGCCGGGCCCGGCGGGCCCAACAUGGGCGUCGAAUUGGGGCGGAUGGGCCAGCAUACGGAAUUCGUCACGGGGGUGGAUUGGUGUCUGUUCGGGAGUGAGGGGUGGUGUGCCAGUGUCGGGUGGGAUGAGAGUCUAUAUGUUUGGGACGUACGGGCUGUCAUGGGUGGUUGA